AUGCUGCCCUUCCUUGUGCCGUCCUCAUCGGCAGCACGGACCUCGACACAGCUAGCUCGGAAGCUGUUGAUGUCCACUAAACGCCAACUACACCCGGCUCGAAGACAUACAUCGACCUUUGUCGGAAACCCCUCUCGCACGGCUCGCGACGAGGAAACCGAUGAUGACUUCAAGGACGCAUCCCAGUUGCGGCACCAGAGGACAGACAGCGACACCUUUUCGCACUUCUUCGAUCGACGAGCAUUUGUACCUCAGACUACUUUGUCGUCUGGCAAGCUACAGGCUUCCUACGAGAUCGCUGCAGCCUCCCGCCAUGCCACCUACAACUUUCGACAAGCCGUUGGCUCCCGCGACCCCACCCAAAUCAUCGCCGCUUACGAGGACCUCAUCCGAGCUCAGCAACGCCAUGCCGAUGACGUCUCGGAUUUAUCUUCUCGCACUGUGGGGCCUUCUGACAUCGGCUUCCCCGUCCGUAAAGCCGACAUUCAGACUGCCAUUCGAUAUCUUGUCCAGCACGCCCAGAGAGAAGGCUCAAUGGAGUGGCGCUAUGUCGAAGCAUGCCAGCAGAUGUUCCAAGAUAUGAGUCAGACCUUUGGCUUUCGUAUCGGUCCAACAGACCUUCAUCGUCAAUUACAGGCCUGCUGUCUCGCCGAACGUUCUCGUAUCGAUCCUCGUGUAGCUUUCCGACAGCUCCGUGCCGAUUAUCCGAACUGGCGAACAACUUCGGUAGAAUGGAACAUGGUCAUCUCCCACUUCUCUCAGCGGAAGCUGUACGCACAAGCGACCAAAGUCUGGCAAGAGAUGCAAAAGCUUGGUGUGGAAGCAGAAGCUGCGCUACAUAACACCAUGAUCAGAGUACUUACAGUCAACAACGCCAAAGAGGCCGAGGUACACCUGCAUCAUCUGAAGCAGAAACAAGGUGAACUAGGCAUCGAUACACUCACCACCGCUGUCGAAGGCCUUCGCAAGCUCAUCAGCACCGGAAGGGCCAAGGACAGGGAAGCGACGAUGUCCAAACUGCAAAGUUAUGCAAGCCAACUUCGUCAAGCCAUAGAAGCACUACCUUCAGAUGCAAUGGAACCUUCAGCAUGGCACACCCUCUUGCGGUACGAAGCCGAGGUUCUUGGUCCCACGCAAGCGCUAGAGACGGCUAGACAGGCAAGCAGGUCAGGUGUUGCUACCUCUACAACGCUCAACGUGCUGCUUCGUGCUCAUGUUGAAGAAAUCAGAGAGCUUCAGAGCAGUGAUGAAGCGCUAGAGCUGCUGGAUCGGGUCCAAUCAGCAAUCGACCCCCGACGCGGGAUUCAACCUGAUGAUCGUUGCUACAACGUCCUUAUGCUUGGGUUGCUUGACAAUCUUGACGCAGAAACAGCGUUGUUCGACGGAAACGCCAACUUCUUCGCAGCCGACGAAGCUGCAGCUAGACGGUGUGAUCGGCUGCUUCGCCCUCAACCAACGCCAAACCAAAUCCGCGAGGCGCAAUUACUCUACGAUCAUGUCCGUUCGCUAAGCAUUCCCGCUACACCUUUGCUCGUCACCCCUCUUCUUCAAGCUUAUUGUGAAGCUUUCCUCCCUUCGCUGCCUUCAGCGAUGAAGCUCCUGAAAGAUAUGCUCGAUGAUCGCUCAUCUGCCCUGUCCAUCUUCGCUCGCAAGAACUCCGCCUCGUCCCGCCGCAGACCAGCUCAGCCCUUAAUGAUCGGGGUGGAGAUCAUUCAACUGGUCCUCGAUGCUUGUGUCAGACUUCGCGACAUCUCCUCCGCAUGCAACCUUCUCGCUUGCCUGCUGGACGCCGGAGUACCAAUCAGCGCCACCCACAAGACCGACGUGUUAGGACGUUUGAUGGGAAUCACCACAUCUUGGACCGAAGCAUUCCACGUGUACCGCCUUCUCUCUCGCUUUCCCACCACCUCAUCUGGGAGAAGCACGGGUCUAGACGAGCGCGGAUACAUCACCACACUAGAAAACUUCCGUUCACUCUCAUUCCCAUCUUCCACGGAAUCGGACACCUCCGCAGCGCCACCAGAACACCUCCUCGCCAUCCUCGCAGAUAUGCGCAUCGCUGGCUACCGACCCACCCCAUCUAUCUACACCACCAUUCUCAAAUACUACUCCAAAACCCCCACACCCUCCUACCUUGGCGUGAAAGCAACGCACGAAGCACUUCAAGCAGACAUUGCUCUCGAACCGGACCUGCCGCUCAUCAACGCGCUCAUGAACGCGUACAACAGAGCCGAAGAGCCAGCAAUGGUGCUUGCUAUCUGGGAUUCGUUGCUGGCAACGCGGCAAGACAUUGACGGAAUCACGCUUGGUGUUGUACUCGAUACUUGUGGGCGGUUUGGACUUCUAAGUGUUGCACGAAAGGCGCUAGCCACGGUCAGAAGGCUAGAAGAAGAUGAAGGGAAACGAGGAAGAUCAGCAAUGACCAAAGGAGCAUGGGAUAGCUGGUUAGAGUGUUUAGCUAGAUGUGGUCGUUUGGAAGAAGCGAUCGAAUUGGUGUUUGGAGAAAUGAGAAGGAGUAUAUUCCGCGAAGCUAUCUCUCUGCACGACCUCGAUCUUAUUGAAGAAGUAUCAGUGACGGAAUUAAUCGUCCGCUCCACUCAAGCUCCCAUUAGAGACACCAAAGGCAACAUUAUCGGACCAGACAGCAAAACUCUCUCUACCCUACUCAAAUUUGCUGCUCGCGAAAGAGAUCGUCGACAGAAACGCUUCACCUCUUCAAAUAGAUCAACUUCGAUCUGGCACACGCUUCGCAAUCGCAUCAGAGAAGAACUCAGCUGGAUCUAUCCUCAGGUCAAAGCCAUUGGCGAAAGUACCUCUCUCUGA